AUGGCAAUAAUAACUCUGUUGAAAGUGAGGAAAAUCAUAGUCAUAGGAGAUCCACCAGAGUUAGAAGGGCUCCUGGAAAAACACUUAAAAUAUACUUUGGCUAUCACUGCCAAAAAGACUCCUAUAGAUUUUACAGCCUUACUUGUCUAUGUGGAUGACAUCAUACUAGCAGGAAAUUCUAUGAUAGAGAUUAACCGCAUAAAAGUUCUUUUGCACAACAAAUUUCAGAUAAAAAAUCUUGGUGAACUUAAGUACUUCUUGGGUUUUGAAGUGGCUAGAUCUAAGAAAGGGAUUCACUUAUGUCAAAGGAAGUACGUUCUAGACAUCCUUGAAGAAACUGGAAUGCUGGGAUGCAAACCAUGUUCUACACCUCUCUUAAGUUAUACUAGUUCAUUAUAUAAAGCAGAAAGCUACUUGGACAAUCCUAACUCAUAUCGGAGACUGAUAGGGAAGUUACUCUAUCUCACUAAUACUAGACCUGAUCUAUGCUUUUUAGUUAAUUUGUUGAGCCAAUUUAUGCAAUUACCCAUUGACUACCAUUAUCGGGCUGUGCAACACAUUUUUAGGUACAUCAAGUUUGAUCCUUCAAAAGGACUCUUUUCCCAACUGAGUCACAAGUACAAAUGA